GUGAUCGCGUCUUCUCCUCCCAAAGCAAUCGCCAUUCGCCGGUUCACCUUUUAUUUUUCCACCGUCCCAUUCACACUGCCACCAACAACAUCAACUUUAGUCAACUACCCUCCCUUUUCUUUCUUUCUUUCUUUCUUUUUCUUUCUCCUUUUUUAUUUAUUUAUUAAAAUAAAUAAUCAUAUUCUAUUCUUCACCCCCUCCUCCGUAGCCGCCACCAUCGACCACUACUCUUCUACUUUCAGAGCUUCCUCAAGCACUUGCAUCAGCGUGCUCGGUCUUGCUUACUUGCUAUUUUCAGUCUUCCUACUAAUUUUCAAGAAUGAGGAUUACUAAGGAAGAAUCAUCAAGCAGUGCUGCACAGGCAAUAGGCUUGAUAUCAACAGUGAAGGAAUUGCAUGGGGUUACCUCUUUGGAUCUUAAUAAAUUAUUGAGGGACUCUGAAAAUUUUACUAUUCACUUCCUUACCCAAAAAGGAUCAUUGUUGAAGAUUGAUAUGGAAAAGCUUGCAGGAUCUCUUCCAUUGCACCUUACUGCAGUGCUAAUGUCAUCUGAUAGAGAUGAAGCCAUGUUCAGAUACUUGUUAUAUGGCAUUCGUCUCUUGCAUUCCUUGUGCGAUUUAGCCUCCCGAAAUUCUAAGUUUGAGCAGAUUUUGCUGGAUGAUGUGAAAGUGAUGGAACAGCUGAUUGACUUGGUUUUCUACAUGCUAAUUGUUCUUGGUGGUUAUAGACAGGAAGACCAUGGUUUUAGUCAUAUGCACCUUGUGCAUUCAACUCUUGUAGCAUGCAAUUUGUAUCUACUAACAGGGUUUAUAUCAACACAAUGGCAAGAUAUUGUUCAUGUAUUGCUUGCGCACCCCAAGGUUGACAUAUUUAUUGAUGCAGCUUUUGGAUCAGUUCGCAUGGUUGUUAGGUGUCUUGACAAUGCAGUGGUAGCUUAUUACAAAGAUAUUUCCAUGGAAUCAAAUCUGACAGCUGAAAGAGUAGUUUAUUAUCUCUGCCAGCAGUGUGAAGCUUCUCUGCAGUUUCUUCAGUCACUAUGUCAACAGAAAUUGUUUAAGGAGCGUCUGCUUAAGAAUAAGGAAUUAUGUGGAAAGGGGAGCAUUCUUUUUCUUGCUCAAUCCGUCUUGAAAUUACACAUUCAACCAUCUUUUUCAACUAGGAUCAUGGCGGCUAUAUCUAGGCUAAAAGCUAAAAUACUAUCUAUUCUGCUGAGUUUGUGUGAAGCAGAAAGCAUGUCUUAUCUUGAUGAAGUAGCCAGCUCAACACGAAGUUUAGAUUUGGCUAAAUCUGUUGCAUUAGAGGUAUUUGACUUGUUGAAGAAAGCCUUUGGAAGAGACCCUGGGCAUCUCACUGCUGACAGAAGUCACCCAAUGGGGUUUGUACAGCUCAAUGCAAUGCGUUUAGCUGACAUCUUCUCAGAUGAUUCAAACUUUAGAUCUUACAUGAUACUUUGUUUUACUAAAGUUCUGACAGCAAUAAUUUCACUCACUCAUGGAGAUUUUUUAUCCUGUUGGUGUUCGUCUAAUCUCCCAGAGACAGAGGAGGAUGCAAGUCUUGAAUAUGAUAUAUUUGCUGCAGUUGGAUGGAUUUUGGAUAAUACUUCACCGGAUGUGCGGAAUGCCGCAAAUUUGGAAUUCAAUCUGAUUCCUAACAGCAUGCCUAGGGCUUCUUAUGCACAUCAUAGGACGUCAUUAUUUGUCAAGUUCUUUGCAAAUCUUCAUUGUUUUGUUCCCAACAUAUGUGAAGAACAGGAGAGGAAUCUUUUUGUUCUCAAGGUCUUGGAGUGCUUGCAAAUCGAUCUAUCUAACUUGCUGCCUGGGUUUUCUUUUGCUUCUGAUGCUCCUAAAGCUGCCACUGCUACCAAGAACCUCCGCUCAUUGUUAAGUCAUGCAGAAUCUUUGAUUCCAAACUUCUUAAAUGUGGAGGAUGUGCAACUUUUAAGGGUGUUUUUUGGCGAAUUACAAUCACUAAUUACUUCUACGGGAUUUGAGAAAAAUCGUGUUCAAGAUAGCAAAUUUGAGGAGUCAUUAUCUUGGGCUAAGCUUUCUAAACUCAACAUCAAUGAAUGUUAUCAGGAGGCUCAGAGUGCGGGGGGAUGCCCAUCACCUUUAACUGGAAAAGAAUCUGCUGAUCUUAACAAGAAGGGUGGUAACUUCAAGGAAGGAAUGUCUGAGAGUUCUGCAUUUCCAGACAUGGACCAACAUAAUACCAGAGCUGAAGACACAAAUCCAGGCAAUGGCCUGAAUAAGCAAGAUCAGGUAGAAGAUAAAGGAAUAUCUGGUAAAACUGCAUCAGGAGGAGCAAGAGAUACAGACAAGGAUGCUCAGAAUGUUGAAACGAGUGGUUCAGAUACUAGUUCUGCAAAAGGAAAGAAUGUUGUUGAUCAUAUGGAUAACGGCGAGCUUUCAAAAUCAAAUGAGCAUAUUAGAAAAGUUGUAGUUGAAGAAAAUGCAGAGGAUGAAAAGAUUGAACUUGCACAGAGGAGAAAAAGAAAGCGAACUAUAAUGAAUGAUAAACAAGUGACACUGAUUGAGAGGGCACUCUUGGAUGAGCCUGAUAUGCAGCGAAAUGCAGCUUCACUUCAAUCAUGGGCUGAUAAAUUGAGUUUUCAUGGUUCUGAGGUUACAUCUUCACAGCUUAAAAAUUGGUUGAAUAAUCGAAAAGCUAGGCUAGCUCGCACAGCUAGGGAUGUUCGAGCAGCAGCUGAUGUUGACAAUCCAGUCCCAGACAAGCAAAGAGGACCGGUAAUUGGGUCCUAUGACUCACCUGACAGUCCAGGUGAUGCAUCACAUGCAAAAAAAGACCUUUUUAGUUUCGCUGCAGGGCAUAAACCUGAGCCUUCACUGGCUGGAUUUGUUAAUGUUGGUUCUCCAGAAUUUGGUCAUUGCCAUGCAGGUCAAUAUGUUGUGCUUGUAGGUGGGCGAGGAGAGGAGAUUGGCAAAGGAAAGGUAUUUCAGGUGCAUGGUAAGUGGUAUGGGAAGAGCUUGGACGAAUUAGCAACCUGUCUUGUGGAUGUUUAUGAGCUUAAGGUUGAUAAUGGGUUACGGCUACCCUACCCUUCAGAAGCCACUGGCACCUCAUUUGCAGAGGCUGAAACAAAGUUAGGUGUCAUGAGAGUAUUAUGGGAUUUGAACAGAGUAUAUGUGUUGCGGUCUGAAUGAAUUCAAUGAUGCUUCGGUGGCUGCAGCUAUUCCUUUGCUUCCUGCUGCAAUCUGUUAUAAAUCUUUCUUGCUUGCGGUUUUCCCUGUAUGUACAUGUCUUCUAUUCCCAUAAACAGUAAUUGAAGGGAUAGCUGAGAAGAACAAAGAUAACGAAUAGAAAGAGUCCAGGUUGUUUACGAAGGGACUAUAGAAAGUAGAAGAGGACAGUUAUGGAGAAAGCAAGGGCGAUUCAACAAUGAAAGAUAGAUUAGGAUAUCAGCCACAGCCGGCGGAAAAAAAUGGUUAGUAGGGUCUUAUACAGAACAUGCUUCUCAGAAUUUUCCCAGCAACUGACUAUGCAGAAACUAUGUAGGGCGUGAUAUAAUCUGGAAUUAUAUGAUUUUCCAUACUCAGAUAUUGAGAAUAAACUAGUUGUCCGAUGCACCCCGUAACCCACCCCCCCAAAAAAAGGGCAAGAGAGUUGAAUUUAAUUUGAAGGAAAACAGGGGACGUAAAUUCUAUUAGGAUUAAUAUUGGCAAAC